GCCUGUGUCCUCCCAUUCGCCCACCAUGCUCAAGGUAAAGGUUCUCUUCUUCGCGCGAGCACGCGAGCUCGUUGGCGCUGCGGAGCAAACCCUAGAGCUGCCCGCGGACGCCGAUUCCCGCGUGCUGCUCGAGCGCCUGCACGACGCGCACCCGCCGCUGCGCGACCUCGCGCAGAGCGUCGUGCUGGCCGUGAACCACGUGUACGUGUCGCCCAGCGACCCGCCGAAGGCUCUUAAAGACGGCGACGAGGUGGCUGUGAUCCCGCCCAUUAGCGGCGGAUAGCUGCCCGCCUGUCGGAACACAGUGCUGCAGGGUCGUUGCUCUCCUCCACACACAUCGCCUCUCACCUCUUCUUGCCUCGUUUCCUAUCGCCUCAUCUCUCACCGUUCUUCUCACGGCCUUUCCCUUCGCAUUCCCCUUCGGCCCUCCUUCCUCCUCCCCUUCCCGCUCCUCGCCUCUCAUCGUCUCCUUGCCGUGGCACAUCGAGCAUCAUCCGCGCCGUCGUACACGUCAGCAUUAGUCUUGAUGUCAACAUCCACGUCAGCGCCUGAUUUACCAGCAGCACCGCCAGCAGCAGCAGCAGCAGCAAAAGCAGAAGCAGCAGAAGCAGAAGCAGCAGGGGGGGUUGGGGGGAGGGCAUGGGAGAACGUGGGCGCAGACGUGCUGCUGGCUGUGCUGCAGCGGGUGGCAACGCGUGAGUGGGCUGUGUGCUGCUGUGUGUGCCGGCACUGGCGUCGCACGGCCAUGGACGCCAGUCUCUGGCAGACAGCAUGCCUCCGGGAGUUCGCCAUCCGCCAAGCCUCGCACUCCCCCCUCGCCCACCUCCCCCUCCACUCACUCACUCCCCCCUCCUCCUCCCCUUCGUCUCUCCUCCCCCCUCUCUCCUCCCCCUUCCACCGCCUCUUCCCCCGCGCCUACCUCUCCCCCCACCGCCCCUACCUCUGCCUCGCCGCCCGCCUGGCCCACGUGCUCAGUGGCGUUGCCAAGUGGCGCGUACUCAUUCGCUAUCGCCGCAGCAGGGGAGGCAGGAGCAUAUGGGCAUGGAGAGCAGUGCCGGCUGGUGUGGUGAUGCAGGGAGGUGUGACUGUAUGGGUGGCGUUCGAUUUGGCGCCAGGGGGUAGGAGGGGCAAUGAUGGCACCAUUAGGGGGAGGAGUGAGGAAGAGGGGGAAGGGGAGGAGAGUGAGGGUGAGGGGAGGAGAGGGGAGGGAGGGGGCGUUAUGGGAGAACGGGAAGGGGAAGCUAUGGAGGUGAAGGUGCAGGGGUUGUGGUCAGGGCUUGGUGCCACUGCCAACACACCGCCCGUGUGGAUCACUCUCUUUCACACUCAUGGUUCUCACUGUGGCGCUGCUGCUCAUGGUGCUCCUGCUCAUGGUGCGGCUGGUGGUAUGGUGGAGGGACGGGAGUGGGUGGAGGAUGAAAUAUCCGAGGAUGAGGAGGGAGACGAGGAGGCGGGGCUGGAGAGGAAUGGAGGAGGGGGAGGGGCAGGGGCAGCAGGCGGGCAGUGGGAGCGCGUGCAGCAGUCGCACAUGACUGGCCUGUGCCUCUACUCAGGCCACGACUGGAGCCUCCUCUCCUCCUUCUUCCGCGAAACCAGCUCCUCUCCACCCACCACCGACACCACUCCGUCCACCUCCUCCUCCUCCUCCUCCACCGCGUCUCUUUGCGGGCUCGGGUGGGCGGGCGGGCAGCAGGGGAGAGGGGAUGACGGGGUGCACGGCGUGGUGUUCCUGCACGCUGUGCACGUGCUGCACUGCUUCCCUCUCCCGCUCCCACACACCACUCCCCUCUGCUCACCCAGACCCAACGCCACUGCCCCAUCCCUCUCCUCCUCCUCCCUCCCCUCUCCACCCUCUCCCUUCUUCUCCACCCACCCGUGCCCCUCACUCCAUGUCCUCAUCGACCUGUGGCUGCCUCUUCCUCUCCACCUCUCACUCGUGCCCUCUCAAGCCCAAGCCAUCGCUCUCCAUGCUCUCCUCUUCCUCUCCCCUGCCGCGCCUCCCAUUCGCCCCUCACAUGCCUGCUCGUUGCUCAAGUGGGAGGGGGACGGCUGGCUGCUGUCGCCAUCCCAUGGCAUGGAAGCACAUCUAAACACACAUGCAUGCACGCAUCUAUGCAGCCAUCCAUGCACAGCUGAAAGCACACUCACAUCCUCUUCACGGGACCAUGGCUCUGCUGCCCCUCCUCUCGUCGCUGUGCUUAGUGACGCCCUGGCUGACGUCACCAUCUUCUCAAGUCAAGGGUGUGUGUUGCUGGGGCGUGCGGCAGUGGAGGUGUGGGAGUCUGAGGGGCAGGAUGGAGAUGGCAGCAUGGCAUGGCGGCUGCUGUUUGUGCCUGAUGGCACGGAUGAGCCCCUCUCUGCUAAUGGCAUAACCAUUGAGUGGCGGGUGGGGAGGGGGAGGACAGGUCAGGGCAGGGUAAAGGGGGGUGAGGGAGAGGGUGGGGAGGUGAGAGGUGACCAAGAGGUCGCACAGGCAGCAGCAGCGGAUGGGAAGGGAGCAGGUAGUGGGGCGGGUGGUGGGGAGGAGGGAGGCUGUUGGCAUUUGGCUCUGCAUUUGUCACCAGAGGGUGCACAGAGUGUGUUUGACAGCCAUGCAUGUGACAAGCUGUUGAGCUGAUGAUGCUAUGGUGUGCUUUACAUACACCGCAUGCCAUGAAUGAAUAAAUGCUGCUGGCUGUUCAUGGGAGACGAGACGACCUUUUAGGCAUCCUGCUUUUUACUCCUGUACUGCCAAUAUCCUGCACCAUUCAGUUCAGUGGCAGUGGUAAGAGGAAUAACUUACGACUUUAUUCGGAACGUAUACGAAUUGAGGUACUGGGGAGUGGAGGAUGUGAUGUGACCCU